CUAAUUCCUCAAAUAUCUAAAAUUUACAAAUCUUCUUCUUCUUCCUUCUAUCUGAGUACGAAUCAUUCACAAUUCAACAAAUCAAAAGUUAUUUUGAGCGAUUGAAACCAUGAGUUCAUUCAACAGCACUCCUAACUUCGACAAUCUUAUGCUUCAAACCCUAAUGGGUAAGCUUCAAAUCCGACCACCAAACACACAAUCAUCUUCUCCAUUCUCGAACAAAACCCUAGAAGAUAUCCUCAUCGAUGCUAUCUCCAACAUACCCGAUGACGAAGAAAACGAUGAUGAAAAAACCGAGCUUGCUAGAGAAGAAUCCAAAGUUGAGAAGGAGAUUAUCCGAACAAUUCUCAGCGGGAAAAUCGAAACCCUGAAGCCUAAUUCCGGUCAGGCUAUUUCAAUUGGCGAACAUCAUAUCUGUGUUGGGUAUCAUGAAGAACCCGAUUCUGAUUAUCGGGUUUGGGAGUGGCAUGGUCAUAUAAUGUUGUUUGAUGAUGAAGAUGGAUAUACACCUGAGUAUAUUUAUGGGAAUUACUUUGAAAAACAAAACUUGAAGUCUAAGCCUGUUGUUGAAAACCUAGUGGAUGAAGAUGAUGAUGAUGAUGAAAAGCUGGAGGAGAUAGAGGAGAAAAAGAGCAAUUUGGGGCUGAGGGAGUUGAUUGAAUCAGGAGAUUCUGGCAGCAGUCGGAUUCUUCAUCGCAAUGUGAGUGCAGGUUCUUCGAGUUUUAAAUAGAGAAUCGAAAUUCAAAUAUUUCCAUGAACUUAAUAAGGUUCUUCUCUUUGGAGUGAGCUUUUCUAGUUUUUACAGUAUAGACAUGGCUGUUUGUGAAAUUUAUGUUCUUACUUUGACAGUUUUCCAUGAGUUUGGUGAAUGAUGAAUGGAUUAUGUGACAAUUUUGGUGAAA